AUGGAUCACGAGGAUAAUACGGAUAUUUUCGUUCAUAAGUUACAAAAUCGUAAAUGUGCAUCGUUUUCUGUGUACGGUGAAAACGGAAGCGAUUCCAAGGUUUUUGACGAAUUGAGAGUGGGAGAUGUUUUGAAAACAAUAUCAAAGCAAAUAAUGACUAUCAAAAAUUCUGAUUGUCUCAAUCAAGAUGUGCGAAAAAAUAAUACUUUAUCUAGUCAUAAGAAAUGUGAACUUAUACCUCUCGCUUCAAUUCAAGCUGAAACAUUGAUGAACACUGAAAACAAUUUCGAUUCACAAUGCAGUAUGGACACCCAAUUCAUUGAUAUUGUUAGAAACGCUGAAGCUAUGUUGCAAGAGGAAAACAAUAGAGAGAAAAAUAAAUUAACAUCUCCUGAUGACAAAAAUGCUAAAGAAAUUACAUAUUUGGUAGAAAACGCACAAAAUAUUCCAGAAGAUAAUUCAGUAUUAAUUAAUAAAGAAAGUUAUUGUAAAGGAAACAUAAAUGAUGAAUGCUGUGAUAUUGGUAAUAAGAAUGAUAUUUAUGACAAAUCUGAUUUAAAAGAUUUGGAAGAACCAACAAGUCCUAUAUUGAGUUUUUCGAGACCUACGGCCAAGCCAUUUGUAUGUACGUUGGAAGAAUUUGACAAUUUCGAAAAGUUAGCUGCACCAGUAAUAAAAGAAUUCACCGAUUUCAACGAUGCAAAACGUGUUAUACAUACGCAGGUGAAAGCUAAAAACUUUAUCCAAAGACAUUCGGAAUCGGUUAAAUAUGAUCGGGAUAAGGGUAUCGGAGUCACUCAAAAUCUUAAUCAAGAUGAUGAUUGUAUGAAAGGCGCUAUAGAUAUGAAGACUCAGUAUAGUUUUGAUGUCAAAGUCAUUAAUGAAGACAAAAUGCUGUUCGAUAGUGACGAUGAAAAUGAAUUGCCGUUGACUUGUGUAGUAGAAACUCAUAAUGAACCUGAUCUUCUUGACAAAACUCUAUAUGUUGGUUUCCAAACAGCUAGUAAUCGGUCCAUACAAAUUCUGGCAGAUUCUUUCAAUAAAGCGAGGAGUAUUUUUGAUGAUGUUAAUCGAAGAGUGGUAGAUAAAUCUGUGACUGAAUUAGUUCAGGAUAUUGAUAGGAAAUGUAUCAAAGAUAGAUAUAGUUUAAAUCUACGAAAUACAUCAGAAAAAUCUAGAGAUAUUGUCGACGAAAAUUGCAAAGAAAAUAGUAUUAUUGAUAUAGUAGAUGAGAACUCUGUUGCGUAUGAAAAAUUCGCAAAUAUUAAUGAUCAUAACGCAGAACAUAUAGAGGAAGAAUUAAUUAAGGAUAUUGAUGUGGAUUUAAUUUGUAAUAAAGAUGUAAACAAUAAAAAAAUACCAAAACGAAGCCAAAAUAGUGAUAAAAUAUGUAUUAAUUCGGACAAGCAAAAAGAUAAAAAUGAUGUUUUUAAUAUAGAAAAUAAACCAGAAAAUGCUUUGACAAAAUGUCGCGAUGUUUUAAGUGAAAAUAGGGAAACGGGAGGUCAAAAUUUCAUUGGAUUCAGAACUGCUAAUAAUAAAGAAAUUUCAGUAUCAGCUGAAGCUGUUUUAAAAACGAAGAACAUUUUUGACAAUAUUGACGAUGAUAAAUAUAGUAAAUAUAAAUCUAUAAAAGUUUGCGAACCAAAAUCUGUUGAAAAAAUUCCAAGAAACCAACCAAAAUUACUCAAUACUAAAAAUACUGAAAUAACAAAAGACGUUUUUGGUAAAAAUAAAUCGAUAGAAACAGAAAGAUUUAGAGGCUUUCAAACUGCUAGCAAUAAGGCUGUGUACAUAUCGAAAAGUGCUUUGGAAAAAUCAAAGAAAAUAUUCGAAGAUAUUGAAACAAAUGAAGACGAAUUUAAAGCUUAUGGUAAAAAGAAAUUAGGUGAGGAUAUAGAAAGAAAAGAAAUGUUAAAUAAAAUUAUACCUUCAGUCAAUCAACAUAAAACUCAAACUACAAUGCAAGGCUUCGUAACAGCUAGGAACAAACCAGUAACUAUAUCAGAAGAAGCUUUAAGUAGAUGUAAGAAAAUAUUCCACGAUAUUUCCUACGGAGAUGGGAUACAAAAUACGUCUUAUUUUGAUGAAAAUAAGGUUCAAAAUAUAUGUGAAGUAAAAUCGGAUAAUAUACUUACAAAUAAAGUAGAACAUAUGAAAAGGAAAAGUUUGUCAAAAACAGGAAUUAUUGAGAAUUUAUCGAUUCAAAAUGCGAAUAAUUUGAAGAAUUCAAACAACGAAGGCAUUAAAAGUAAGAUUUUGGAUGAUAAAGAUUAUAAAAAUAAAGAAAAUUUGUGUACAAAAACCACUUUCGUUGGAUUCCAAACAGCAAGUAAUAAGAGAGUUAAAAUAUCUGAAGAAGCGCUUAUGAAGAGUAAGGAAUUAUUUCGGAAUUUGGACGACGAUUGUGAUCAUAUAGCCACGAAUAAAUUAAACGUUAAAGAUGGUUUUAUAGGCUUUCAGACAGCAAACAAAAAACCCGUUAAAAUAUCUGAAGAAGCUUUGGCGAAAACCAAAAAGAUAUUUGAAGAUAUAGACUUGAAUAAAUUAGAAAGUGGAUUUGAACUAAACGGACUAAUGAGCAACAAAAAGGAAAAUAUAUCAAAAGUUGGGCCUAAAACUGGGAAAAAUCCCCAAAACUGUGACCAAGAACUCAAAAAUCAUAUAAAAUCCAAAUUAAAAACCAAUUCCAUUAUAACUAAUAGUCCAAAAGAUAUAAAAGAUAAACCCAAAGAUAAAGAUAUAACUGACUACGAAUUAAAUAUAGAUGAUCUUUUGAAUACAGAAGUUAUUAAGAAUUUUGACGAAUCUUUACACGUGGAAGAAAAUUUUAAAGAAAUUCCUAAAUCGAAAAGAUCAGGUAGUCCAAUACUAUCAUGUCCUAGAGCUAAAAAGAAAAAGUUCGAACCACCAAAAAUAAAAAAUGUACUCGAACAAUUAAAAUAUAGGUAUGACAAAGAAUUGUACGAUGUUGAAAGGCCGGCGUUGAGAAGAAUUUUGGAGAAAGAUGAUUUAUCCACUAAAAUGAUGGUACUUUGUGUCGUCAAUAUAUACGAAGAUGGAAUUAUUGUUAAUAGUGUUACAAAUACCAGCAAAAACUUGGAAUUAUUACUCACAGACGGCUGGUACUGCGUGAAAGCGACUGUAGACAAAAUGAUAGAAAAACUUAUAAUUGAUAGAAAAAUAGUUAUUGGAAUGAAACUGGCGGUCAUUGGAGCGGAGUUGGUGAAUUGUGACCAAGGAAUAUCACCAUGGGAGGACACAAAUGCCGUGCGCCUUAAAUUAUUCGGUAAUUCGACCAAGCGCGCCCGGUGGGACGCCCGCCUCGGUUUCCAUGGCAACGCCGCCAUUUUGUCCCCACUGACAGCUGUCAGGAUAGAUGGCGGGAAAGUGUCGAAACUGAGAGUGUUCGUGACUAGAGUGUAUCCUUGUUUGUAUGUGGAGAAGUUUGAAGAUGGCAGCACUGUAACUCGUUCUGAACGACUGGAACUCCUGCAUCAGAUGAAAUAUGAAGCGGAGAAACAAAUUCAGAUGGAGAAACUGUAUGAAGAAGUGGAGAAGAUGAUUGAGAAGGAAUCUCAAGAUUCUGAACAAUUAACCCAGAACGACAAUCUUGACACCGGCUCACAAAUAUCUAAGCUUAUGAUGAAGAGCAGAGACCCAGUAGAAUACAAGGCUACCCUCACAUCGAGUCAAGUACAACGAUUAGACGAACACACACACAAACAAAAGGAGGUUUUGAUACAAAAAAUACAAGAAAAAGUCAAGAAUCUCAUGAAAAAGAGAGGAAUUGAUAUUUCCAGGAGUGUGGUGCCUCUAAUGAAGAUACGGGUAGCUGACCUACAAGACGAUGUUACUACAGCUCUAAUAACAAUAUGGAGACCGAACGAAUCUUUACAUGAAGUGAUCAAAGAGGGCGCUUGGAUCGACGUGUAUAAUGCUGUGCCUACAUCAGUACGAUAUUCCGAGAUCCAAAUAUCAGCGGGGCGUCAAUCAGUGUUCUGUAAGUCGAAAUACAAAGAAACAGACAGACAGACGACGUUAAAACAUACUUUGGAAAGGAAAUGUUACAAUAUAAAAGAUUUACAGAGUACAAAUACUUCGCUGUACAACGAAAUCGAUACAUUCGGUGCAAUAUUCCUCAUAGAACCGGAGAAUUAUGAUAGUAAUAAACAAUUAUUCCAAAAUAUAUAUGUAAAAAUGUCGAGAGAUAGAUCAUCACGGCGGUUUUACCGCGCUGAGUCGACCCAUGACCUUUUGUCCUACAUGGAUAAGGGUCAAGCUGCUUGCGAGGAGAAUAGAUGGACCUUUGAAACAGCUUGGGAGGCUGCCAAUAAAGUUGGUGGAAUCUAUACCGUUAUAAGAUCAAAGGCGUAUGUGUCAACCGAGGAAAUGGGGGAUAACUACUGUUUAUUGGGUCCUUAUAAGGAGACCAGUGCUAGGACUGAAGUGGAAGAAUCAGAUUUUCCUCCAAACUCCCCUCUCACUGUGGCAGUGAAUGCCAUGAGAAGUCAAGGAUAUAAGCUUCACACAGGAACUUGGCUGGUGGAUGGAAACCCUCAAAUUAUCCUUUUCGACAUCGGUUCAGCUGCGUGGCAGAUGGAUUCCUUCAAGCAGGAGUUAUGGGAUACUACUUCUGUGGGAAUACCGCAUCUUGACAUAGAAGCCAAUGAUGCAGUUAUUUUGGGCUUCAUGGUAGCCCAAUUUAUUACAGAGUUCAGAAAAGCAGCUGAGAAUUACAGCGAUACUCCCCCACGCGUGGUCGCACAUUUCCACGAGUGGCAAGCUGGUAUAGGUCUUAUAGUUUUGAGAAUCCGUCAUGUCGACGUAGCGACAGUGUUCACAACGCACGCGACUCUGCUCGGAAGAUAUCUGUGUGCUGGCAGCACGGACUUCUAUAAUAAUUUAGAUAAGUUCUCUGUGGACGAGGAGGCUGGAAAGAGACAGAUAUAUCACAGGUACUGUAUGGAGCGCGCGGCCGCUCAUAUGACGCACGUGUUCACAACAGUAUCGGAUAUAACAGGUUACGAGGCUGAACAUCUCCUUAAGAGAAAACCAGACUUCAUUACACCGAACGGCCUCAACGUGAAGAAGUUCUCGGCGCUUCACGAAUUUCAGAAUCUUCACGCGCUAGCAAAGGACAAGAUUAAUGAGUUCGCACGAGGACACUUUUACGGUCAUUUCAACUUCGAUUUGGACAAGACCCUGUAUUUCUUCAUCGCUGGACGAUAUGAGUUCGGUAAUAAGGGAGCUGAUAUCUUCAUAGAGGCUUUGGCCAGGUUGAAUCACUACUUAAAGUCUUCAGGGUCAGACAUGACGGUGAUAGCGUUCCUCAUCUUCCCCGCCAAGACGAACAACUUCAACGUGGAGAGUCUUAGAGGACACGCGGUGACCAAGGCGCUGAGGGACACCAUCAGUGAUAUACAGCAGGACAUAGGGCGGAGGAUGUACGAUACGUGUCUACGCGGCCACCUCCCGGAACCUUCGGAUCUACUUCACAAGGACGACACAGUUCGUCUCAAGAGAUGUAUCUACGCUCUACAAAGAGACGGACUGCCGCCUGUUACAACACAUAAUGUUGUAGAUGAUUGGAAUGACCCCGUAUUAAAUUCAGUUCGCCGCUGUCAACUAUUCAAUACUGUAAAUGAUAAAGUCAAGGUUAUUUUCCACCCGGAGUUCCUAACGUCUACUAACCCAUUAUUCGGUCUGGAUUAUGAGGAGUUCGUUCGUGGUUGUCAUUUGGGAGUGUUCCCAUCUUACUAUGAGCCCUGGGGUUAUACACCCGCUGAAUGUACUGUCAUGGGUAUACCGAGCAUCACUACCAAUUUAUCUGGGUUCGGCUGUUUCAUGCAGGAGCACAUCGCCGACCCGAUGUCGUACGGCAUAUACGUGGUGGACAGACGAUAUAUAUCACUAGAAGGUUCUGUACAACAACUUGCUCAAUACAUGUUCGACUUUACUAAAUUGACAAGAAGACAGCGUAUUAUACAGAGGAACAGAACGGAAAGACUAUCAGAUCUUAUGGAUUGGAGGAAUUUAGGCAUUUAUUACCGCCAAGCCAGAGCCCAGGCUUUAAAGACAGUGUAUCCUGACUACAUCGAUCAUAUGGACAGAGAAUUGGGCAAAAGAUUCAACUACCCUCGACCUAUAUCAGAACCACCCAGUCCCACACAUUCUAUGCGUCGAAAUCACGAAACAUCUUGGUUGACUGCGUCGUAUCACAAAGAAAUAGAGCAGCAUAAGGACUAUAAAGAUAUCGCUGUUCAAACUGAUGAUUUGUGGAGGAAAUCCUUGGAGAUACUUGGACUAUCAGAUUCUGAGGGUCAAGAAUUGGAGGUGACCUUCGAAAAGACCCUGGAUCUGUCAGAAACUGACAGCUUCCAAACACCCACUGACCUCCUAGAUGUGAACGAAGCUGAACAAAUAGAAAUAAUGAUCACGAAAAUGAACGAAGAUCCAUAG